CUACGCAGUUCUUGACGACGUUAAUGACCUGAUCACGCAUUCAAAGUGAACCAGAAUUCCUUUUUCUGCUAUUCAGUAUCGCAUAUCUUUUUGCACAUUUUUAAAACACACGUCUUUGAAUCAUCUUGUGAUUGUUACGUCGGGGUGUUUGUGGUGUAUGAGCAAUUGGUGAUCACGUUGAAUCAUCAUCGAAAGUAAUUGUCAAUCUGAACUCAUCAGAGGCACAAGAAUCAUCAUUAUGUGCGCGAAAAUGGCUUUUCAGCAUCAGCCUGGCACUGCUAUGGAAUGCUUAAGCAUACCAAUUACAUUGGUCAAAGAAACGGGUGUUAAUGAAAAUGGUGAACAGGUGAUGAAGUGUGGUUUCAAAAUUGGAGGUGGGAUUGAUCAAGAUUUUAGGAAAAGUCCACAGGGUUAUACAGAUAAUGGCAUAUAUGUAACUGAGGUACAUGAAGGAUCACCAGCAGCAAAAAGUGGGCUACGUAUGCAUGAUAAAAUUUUACAGUGCAAUGGAUAUGAUUUUACAAUGGUAACUCACAAAAAAGCAGUAUCUUAUAUCAGAAAACAUCCAGUAUUAAAUCUAUUAGUAGCUCGUAAAGGGGUAACCAGUACUUAAAUACCAAAUGAAAGGUCUAUUUGGUCUAAGAGAAGUAUUUAUUUCACUCUAUACAUUAACAGAGUCAAUUUAUUGGAGCUACAUGUCUGCCAAAUAUCAUAUUAGAUUAU